AUGGAGUAUGAGAAUUCAAGUAUAGAGGUGGUAGUAGAUAAUUGUGAAAGCAUAAAUGAAGGAAAUUGUGAAAGCAUAAAUGAAGGAGUAGAUAAUUUUGAAGGCAUAAAUGAAGGAGUAUCUAAUUUUGAAGCCAUAAAUGAAGGAGAAGAUAAUAUAAAUGAGAAUGAGGAAGAUGAGAAUUUGGUUAUUGAUUUUGAGCAAAUUUGUGAAGAAGUGGAAAAUGUUGUUAAUGAAGGAAGAGUCGAGGUUUUUGACAAUCACCCUGGAGGGUAUGAAAGACUUUCUUUUUGUAAAAAGGACAUAUACAAUAAAAUUGGAAGGCAAAGAAGGUUGGAAGGUUUGGAUUCUAAAUCUGCCUUGGAAUUUUUGAAUGGUUUAAAAUGCAAUGAUCCUUUAAUGUAUGUUGGUCACACUGUUGAUGACGAAAACAAAUUGCAACAUUUGUUCUGGUGUGAUGGCAUGAUGCAGAUGGAGUAUGAAGUAUUUGGUGAUGUGUUAGCAUUUGAUGCAACAUAUGGGAAAAAUAAGUAUUUAUGUCCUGUAGUUGUAUUUUCUUGUGUUAAUCAUCACAAUCAUAUGAUAGUAUUUGGGAGUGCUAUUGUUUCAAAUGAAACUGAAGAAACAUAUAUUUGGGUACUUGAGCAAUUUGUAGAAGCCAUGAAAGGAAAGUCACCAAUGUCUAUUAUCACUGAUGGUGAUGUUGCAAUGAAAAAUUCCAUAAGAAAGGUAUUUCCUAAUUCACACCAUAGAUUGUGUGCAUGGCACUUAUUAAGGAAUGCGACAACUAACAUUAAGAAGCCGACAUUUACAAAGGAUUUAAGAAAAUGCAUGUUGGGUGAGUAUGAAAUUGGUGAAUUUCGAAAGAAGUGGUCUGAAAUGUUGAACAAGUUUGAGUUGCAUGAUCAUCCUUGGGUUAUAGAGUUAUUUGAAAAGAGGAAGAUAUGGUGUACAACUUAUAUUAGAGGGGCUUUCUUUGCUGGUUUUAGGCAACUUCUCGGUGUGAAGGAUUACAUUCUGAGUUGA